AUGGACGCAAAUUUAUCAAUUCAAGAUAAAAUUAGGAUCCGCGCUGCCUGGCUUUGGAUGAAGUUAAACCAUCCGCUGAUAAAAGAAUUGAAUGUCGAUGAGCCUAGCGAUCUAACGGAUGCUACCGAAACGCUUCUUGAAUACAAUGCUGAAGCGGCUGACGAAUCUGCCAAUAUGUCACGACUUGAGGCUUUUCAUAUGGGACCCGUAGGCACUGGUGGCCCCACGACAGCCGACGAGGCAAACAACUUAGCCAACUUGACUUUUGGUUUGUUGGGACGAGAUCAAGAGGUCGUUAAAUACUCAAACCCCCGUCUUUUGGGCUAUUUAUUCCCGACGUUGUACCCAAGCGGCCAAGGGUUCUUUUCGUUGGACUACAGUGGUGUAAAACGAGGAUGCAAUGGCGAAAUUGAAGUGUUCGAAGUAAAAGAUAUUAAUUAUCGAAAUGACCAGGCAAGUGUUCAAGAUCUUUCAUUGUUAUCUGAGGACAAUAGUGAUGGAUCAACGUCCGAUGCUCGUAGCGUUGACGAGCCAAGUGAUGAUCAAGACCAGAUCGAAAAUCCAGAAGCCGAGUAUGUAGAGUCUGAUGUAGAUUCAGACUCUAGUGAUAAUGAAG